CGGGACGACACUACCAGCUGACUGGCCGUUGGUGGUUGUCUCUAUUUUCCCGUCGAAAGACGAAGAUUUUUUGUAUUUUCGCUGAUGACGACGCCUCCCUGAGAGAUGAACGAAUCCAGCGCCUCUUGGUCUUAUGGAUACGGGGAUGGCGGUUACAUGCGUAGCGGCAGUCUUGGCUGGAACGACCCGAACCAAAGGAACAACUCGGCCAUUGCGAAGAUGCAGCACCAGUACUGGGUUACGAAGGAGACAGUGUUCAGAAAGCUCGGAAAGAAAGAAGACGUGAACAUCGUAGCCUCGGACGCAGAGCUCGACGCAAAACUCGAGCUGUUUCGUUCGAUCCAAGACAGCUGUUUCGAACUCCAGAGGAUAAUAGACAAAUACCAAGAACGGAUUUGCAUAUUAGCUCAGGAGGAGAACAGUAUGGGUAGAUUUUUAAAAGACGCUGGUAAGCAUGAUAAAACAGGCGCUGGCCAGGUGAUGAUGACGUUGGGCAAGAAUCUCUCGCAUUCCGGCCAGCAGAGGAUUUCACUUAGAAAUCCGUUGCUCCGGUUGUUCCAGGAGGUCGACACGUUCCGCCACAGGGCGAUUGAGGACACGGGUAGGACGGUACAGUCGAUGGAGAAGACGCGCACUGAGUACAGGGCGUGCCUUAGUUGGAUGAAAGACAUAUCUCAGGAGCUUGACCCGGACACUUACAAGCAGCUUGAGAAGUUCCGAAAAGUCCAGGAUAUGGUGAAACAGAGCAAGGCGAUUUUUGACCGGUACAAGCUUGACUGCUUGCAGAAAGUCGACUUGCUCGCAGCGGCCCGGUGCAAUAUGUUUUCCCACGCCCUCAUACUCUACCACAAUGUUAUGUUGCAAUUCGCGACUCAGUCAGCACAGGCUUUCUCAUCCAUCGCAGCAUCUUGUAAAGAUCAUCCAAAAUUUGAAUUCAGCGUGGUCAAAGAACUGAGCGAGAUGAAACCUGAUGAAACAGCAUCUCCGAAAAAAGAAAGUCAAGACUCAGACGACAAACAUAUUUUUUCUAGGCUUUUGAAUUUUGAAGAUGCCGAGACGGAAAAUAACGAUGAACAGAAAAAAGACGAUGUUAAUUUAUUGAUAGAACCGCUUCAGGACGAGACGGGUCAUUUUAUGCCUUCGCAGCUUCUCCUUCAGGGGAAUUCAUCACUCCUGGGCCAUUUUGAAGGCCUUUCCAGCGAAACGUCCUCAGCAGAUUCUAGCACGAAGGCGCCGAAGGGCACGUCUGACGGGAGCAAAUCCUGGCUAGAGCUUUUCUCAGAACUGGACCCGCUCUCCAACCCGGACAUGAUAGGCCAAGUGGCUAGCACCGACCCUCUGAGGAACUGCUAAUUCUCACUCAUCUCAAUUUAAUUUAAAUUAUUAGCAGAAAAUACUUAUAUAUGUA